AUGGCAACCAGUCAGAAUGCUGAAAUCGAAGUCGCACAAGCAGGUAAAACAAAAACCAAGACAUUAAUUGAUGGAGCAUACAAGAACUUCACCGUGGCCGUUAAAAAGGUAGAGACCACGUGUGGUGAAAUGAAAAGACUGUCUUCGGAGCCACAGUACAAAAAGGACGAACCAGACGCCUCGCUCAAUUUGGACAAAGACGCAAUGCAAAUAGGUCGGCGGGUCUUCUUUGCUAUUGUCAUGGCGCAACGGUAUUACAUGGAAUACAAGGUUGUAUUUGAAGUGGAAAGGGAGGGCCGCAAUUACCCGGAUGCGAUGAAAUUCCUCGAGGACCAUGUUAUCGAUAUGCAUCCGUGCAGCUCUUUCGCUAUUCUUAAAAUCCUGGUAUUGCUAUCAAAAGAGGCAUAUGGAAGGGGAAUGUGUAUGACUCAAAUAUGCAAUGUCAUUAGUUGUCUCGCUGAACGUGCAUGGCGCUUAUUUUACCUCCAAAUUGCUGAAGUCGGCAGUGCCGAACGUCUUACUUGCCGCUCUGCACGUGCUUUAUGUGGCCGCAUGUCUGACUCAGCAGGCAUUGGAUCGUAG